AAUGUAUUUAGGAACUUAAUCAGAUUCAGAUUAUUCCAACUCUUGGGUGAAAAAAAUGAUCUGCUGAAUUAUUAAAAAGCAGAUGAGAUUAACUCAGGUUGUGGACACUUAGCAUGGCUGGAGUUAACUCAGUAGGGGAGUCCUCCUCUCCUCUGGCCCCUGAAUGAUCUAGACCCCCAUGGUUCACGUGGCUCCCUCCUCCCCACCAGUCAGCUUUGAACGGGGCAGGAUGAAUGGCAUAGUGGACGAGAACUACGACAACGUUCGUCAUGACUGCUCUUUUAUGUUCACCUCCGAGUCCGUUGGAGAAGGACAUCCUGGAUUCUGAGUGGUCUACAACUGGAGCCAGAGGAAGAGUCAGGCUGCACAGAGGAUAUAAGAUUUGUGAUCAGAUCAGUGACGCAGUGCUGGAUGCUCACCUGAAGCAGGAUCCUGAUGCCAAAGUGGCCUGUGAGACAGUGUGUAAGACAGGCAUGGUGCUGCUCUGUGGUGAGAUCACGUCCACAGCUAACGUAGACUAUCAGCGUGUGGUGAGAGACACCAUCAGACACAUCGGUUAUGACAACUCCAACAAAGGCUUUGAUUAUAAGACCUGUAAUGUGUUGGUGGCUCUGGAGCAGCAGUCUCCUGAUAUUGCUCAGGGAGUUCACAUUGAUCGCCAGGAGACUGACAUUGGAGCUGGAGACCAGGGUCUGAUGUUCGGAUAUGCUACGGACGAGACUGAGGAGUGUAUGCCUCUGACCAUCGUCCUUGCUCAUAAACUCAACGCUAAGAUGGCCGAGUUUAGAAGAAACGGAACAAUUCCCUGGCUUCAGCCAGACUCCAAGACACAGGUCACAGUUCAUUAUAUGCAGGAAAAUGGUGCAGUGAUCCCCAAGAGGGUCCACACUGUGGUGAUCUCAGUGCAGCAUGAUGACAAUGUGAGCCUGGAGGACCAGAGGAGAGUCCUGAAGGAGAAGGUCAUCAAAGCAGUGAUUCCAGCAAAGUACCUAGACGAGGACACCAUCUAUCACCUGCAGCCCAGCGGCCGCUUCGUGAUUGGUGGACCACAGGGGGAUGCUGGAGUUACUGGCAGGAAGAUCAUUGUUGACACCUACGGUGGCUGGGGGGCCCAUGGUGGUGGCGCCUUCUCUGGGAAGGACUACACCAAGGUGGACCGCUCAGCUGCCUAUGCUGCCCGCUGGGUGGCCAAGUCUCUGGUGAAGGCCAAACUCUGCAGGAGGGUCCUGGUGCAGGUGGCAUAUGCCAUCGGAGUGGCUCAUCCACUGUCAAUCUCCCUCUUCACCUACGGCUCCUCCCAGAAGUCUGAGAAAGAGCUGCUGCAGAUCAUCAACAAAAACUUUGACCUCAGACCAGGCGUCAUCGUCAGGGAUCUGGACCUGAAGAGACCGAUCUACCAGAAGACGGCAUGUUACGGACAUUUUGGCAGGAAAGACUUCCCCUGGGAAAUCCCUAAGAACCUCAACUUCUAGUCACUUUAUAUAUGCGUGUGUAAAUGCGUGUAUGUGUGAGAGCAAGUGUUUGUGUCUCUAGGUGUGUGUUUAUGUGUUCUUGUCUGGCAGCUGUCAGAACAGUCAAGUUCAAGGGUGAGGAGCAGAUAAACCUCUGGUCUGUGUCAUUUCAUAGCCGUCAACUAAAAUGAUGUGCACGGUGACAUUUUUGUCACAUGCAGCAAAUGCUCACAGGCUACUGUAAAAUU